UACAUUUAGUUACAUGCUGGAUAUAAUCUGUAACAGGGGCUUAGUUGGAACCUUUCUUUCCACCUUCCCUCUCAGACCAUCUUUUAGAUCUCCAAGGAGACACACACAGAGGGAGAGAGAUGGAGGUGGUUCAGGCAGGACCUCUGCUCCUCUUCUGCUUGCUCAUCUCCAUAAUCUUCUUAUCCAUAAAAAUGCACAAAAAGAAAAGCCAGUUGCCUCCAGGGCCCACACCCUUGCUGUUUCUGGGGAACUUCCUUCAAAAAGAUGUCCUGCCCAUCAACAAGCAUUAUCCAAAGCUUGUCAAGAAAUAUGGCCCUGUCUUCACUGUCUGGCCAGGGCUGAAUCCUGUGGUUGUGCUCUGUGGAUACAAGACGGUGAAAGAGGCUUUGGUGGAUCAUGCAAAAGAAUUUGAUAGUCGUCCUGUAAACACCAUCGGUUAUCAACUGACUAAGGGUUACGGACUGACCAGUAACAAUGAGUCAAGAUGGCGGACAUUGCGUCAAUUCACACUUUCCACCCUGCGGGACUUUGGGAUGGGGAAGAAAACAAUGUCCAAGAAGGUGCAGGAGGAAGCUGUUUGCCUAGUGGAUGAAAUAGCAACCACAGAAGGGCAAGCAUUUGAUCUGAGAAGUAUCAUCGCAAGUGCUGCUUCUAAUGUGAUCUGCUCCGUUGUCUUUGGGAAUCGGUUUGACUACCAAGAUAAACAUUUCCAAGAACUCUUGUGCAUUUUGGACAACUACAUGUACUUCCAUCGUAGUUUCUUGGGAGUGGUGUACAGUUUCAUCCCGCAAAUAAUGAAUUAUCUGCCUGGAAGACACAAGAAGAUAUUUGCUGAUUGUGAGAAGCUUUGUGCCUUCAUCCGUGGGAAAGUGGAAUCCCACAAGGAGAACCUGGAUCCACAAAACCCCUCUGACUAUAUUGAUUGCUUCCUUCUCAGGUCAGAGAAGGAACACAACUCUCCUGAAGGCGUUUUCGGCCAAGAAAACCUUGCCGCGUGUGUAUUUCAACUCUUUGUAGCUGGUUCAGGAACUGUUAGCUUUGCUUUGCUCUCUUUGCUCCUGCUGAUGGCUAAAUUGCCACACCUUCAAGAAAAAGUUCAAAAGGAGAUCAGGGAGGUAGUAGGUGCCAACCGCAUGCCAGGCAUGGAAGAUCAGCUGAGGAUGCCUUUCACCAAUGCCGUCAUUUAUGAAGUUCAACGACACAUUGCGGCGGGACUUGAAACCUUGCCUCGUGCAACAAGUUGCCACACAAAAUUCAGAGGCUACACCAUCCCACAGGGCACUACUGUCAUUCCAGUCCUCACAUCUGUACAUUUCGACCCUCUUCAGUGGGAGACUCCAGACAAGUUCAACCCAGGCCAUUUUUUGGAUGAGAAGGGUCAGUUCUGGAAGAGAGAUGCCUUCAUGCCUUUUUCAGCAGGGAAGCGGGCAUGCCCAGGGGAAGCACUGGCUCGGAUGGAGAUCUUCUUGUUCUUUAGCAUUCUUCUUCAGAACUUCACCUUCCAGUUAGUUGGAGAUGCCAAAAACAUGGAAGUGUCAUCUUUGAUUUUAGAGUUCAAAGAGAAAAAUCUAUAUCCCUCAUUGAAAGCCAUUAGAAGUUCAUUAUGAACUUUUCACUGAUAACAAGCGGUAGAGACAAGAGAUUAAAAAAUAUUUGGCAUAAAUUUACCAGGAGGUAAAUUUGCUGUAGCCCUUUGUUUUAUACAUUGGGUGGACACCUGUUUUUACAGACAUAUCAAUACUGGGAUCUCUAUUUUUCUGUGUGAUCAGUAUAACAAGUAAAUUACUUCCUCCCCAAUGAAUUAAGGUCCAGAUCAUGAACCAGUUUUAUAUCAAAGCAAAUAGAUAGCCAAAAUAGAAGAUGGGGUAUAAAAACAGGAGGAACACAACAGAAGUGAAACGAGAACAAGAAAGAAGUCAAGAAGAGAAAAACAAAUAAAAUCUUCCUGGAGAAAGCUUUCCAUUUGUCUUUUAUU